AUGGCUAAUGCGUUAAUGCGUGUGUACCCGCUGCCACUGGGCUAUGAACGCCUCACAGCCGAGGAAAUGGACGAGCAGAGGCGGCAGAACGUGGCCUAUCAGUACCUGUGCCGGCUGGAGGAAGCCAAGCGCUGGAUGGAGGCCUGCCUGAAGGAGGAGCUUCCUCCCCCCGUGGAGCUGGAGGAGAGCCUCCGGAACGGGGUGCUGCUGGCCAAGCUGGGCCACUGUUUUGCACCCGCCGUGGUCCCCUUGAAGAAGAUCUAUGAUGUGGAGCAGCUGCGGUACCAGGCAACUGGCUUGCAUUUCCGCCACACAGACAACAUCAACUUCUGGCUGUCGGCCAUAGCCCACAUCGGCCUGCCUUCGACCUUCUUCCCGGAGACCACAGACAUCUAUGACAAGAAGAACAUGCCCCGGGUGGUCUACUGCAUCCAUGCCCUCAGUCUCUUCCUCUUCCGGCUGGGACUGGCCCCUCAGAUACAUGAUCUCUACGGGAAAGUGAAAUUCUCAGCCGAGGAACUUAGCAACAUGGCCUCUGAACUGGCCAAAUACGGCCUCCAGCUGCCGGCCUUCAGCAAGAUCGGGGGCAUUCUGGCCAAUGAGCUGUCGGUGGAUGAAGCUGCAGUCCACGCGGCGGUCCUUGCCAUCAAUGAGGCGGUGGAGCGAGGGGUGGUUGAGGACACCCUGGCUGCCUUGCGGAAUCCCAGUGCUCUGCUGGAGAAUCUUCGAGAGCGUCUGGCAGCCAUCUACCAGGAGCUGCUGGCCCAGGCCAAGGCAGAGAAGACUGCCAGCGCCCAGACCCGAGAUGGUGGAGAAAGCUGGGACAUAUAUGACUGCUACCUGACUCAGGCUGAAAUCCAGGGGCACAUCAACCACGUCAACGUCCAUGGGGCUCUAGAAGUUGUUGAUGAUGCCCUGGAGAGACAGAGCCCUGGGGCCUUGCUCGAGGCCCUUCAUGACCCUGCCCUGGCCCUGCGCGGAGUGAGGAGAGACUUUGCUGCCUGGUACCUGGAACAGCUGAGCUCAGACAGAGAACAGAAGGCACAGGAGUUGGGCCUGGUGGAUCUUCUGGAAAAGGAGGAGGUCCAAGCUGGUGUGGCUGCAGCCAACGUGAAGGGUUAUCAGGAGCAAGCCAGUAAGAUCAACGGAGCCAUCCGGAGGGGAGUGGCGGCUGACACGGUGGCGGAGCUGAUGUGCCCAGAAGCCCGGCUGCCUCCGGUGUGCCCCCGCGCCCCGGCUGUGUACCAGCAGGAGCUGGCAGUGCUCCAGCAGCAGCAGGGAGGGGAGCUCGGCCACGAGGAGCUCUUUGUGGCCGUGGAGAUGCUGUCAGCCGUGGUCCUGAUUGACCAGGCCCUGGAGGCCAGGGAUGUCGGCGGCUUCUGGAGCAGUCUGGUGAACCCCGCCACGGGCCUGGCCGAGGUGCAAGGAGAGAACGCUCAGCGUUACUUUGAUGCGCUGGUGGCGCUGCGGCAGGGGCGUGCGCCAGACGGCGUCUUGAGCUGGAAUGACCUGCAGGCCACCGUGAACCAGGUCAACGCUCAGGUGCAGGAAGAAACCGAUCAGGUGCUGGCGGUCAGCCUCAUCAACGAGGCUCUGGACCAGGGCAGCCCCGAGAAGACCCUGUCGGCCCUCCUGCUCCCCUCGGCUGGCCUGGACGACGUCCACCUGCCUGUGGCCCCUCGGUACCAUCUCCUCCUUGUGGCGGCCAAAAGGCAGAAGGCCCAGGCAACGGGGGACCCCGGAGCGGUGCUGUGGCUGGAAGAGAUCCGCCGGGAGGUGGUUCGAGCCAACCAGGACACGAACGCCGCACAGCAGAUGGCUCUCGGUGUGGCCGCCAUCAACCAGGCCAUCAAGGAGGGCAAGGCGGCCCAGACAGAGCGGGUGUUAAGGAACCCCUCCGUGGCCCUCCGGGGGGUGGUUCCCAACUGCGCCGACAGCUACCAGCGAGUCCUGGAAGGAGCCAUGGCAAAGAAGCGGCGUCCAGGGGACGCGGCUCUCUGGGUCCAACACGACAUGAGAGAUGGCUCCGCCUACUACCUGCACCUGCAGACCUUCCGGGGAACUUGGGAGCCGCCCACCGGCUGCCGCCUGAACACGUCCCACCUGACUCGGGAGGAGAUCCAGUCCGCCAUCACCAAGGUCACGGCUGCCCGUGACCGCCAACAGCUCUGGAAGGCCAACGUUAGCUUAGUCAUCCAGCUCCAGGCCCGCAUGCGCGGCUUCCUGGUUCGGCAGAAGUUCGCUGAGCGCUCCCGCUUUCUGAGGACCUGGCUGCCGGCGGUCAUCAAGAUCCAGGGCUGUCGUGAGGGCUAA